AAAUAAGAUGAUAAGUAUGUAUAGAGAUAAUCAACACGACAACCUUCUGGUUUCAAAACAAAAAAAACCUUGGAUUGAUGAGGGUUAUUUGAAGUUGAAAGUCUCUACCAACAGGCCCACAUACACUCGUGCAUUGAAGGACGGAAUUCAACCCUGCGCCAACGAAGAUCAAGAUAAAAAAAAGUGGGAUCCAGAAUGAUAACUUCUUGCUUUGAUGCUAUUACAAUGGGAAUAAACCUACAUUUUCGGAGUGCAACUCGAUCAUUCAAAAGGCAGUGUGCAGAAGCUAUGCGAGAUUAAAAAGUGCAUGCGGGGGUUGAAAAAUUACUAACUAGUCUAUUGUAAUAAGAAAAUAUUAAUAGAAGC